AUGGGUCGACGGGAGAUUUGCUUUUUUGCUUUUGUAAGCUUGCAAACCUCACAGACCACAGGUGAAUCCGAUGCUUGCAGAGGUGUCGAGGAGUGCGAACUCUGCCUAUUUAGGCCAUCGAGCGAGCUGGAGGGGCUACAGGCGGAGCUGCGAUCAGCAGUUGCUAAUGCGACCAUUCUACCACAUUCCGGGCAAUUCCAAGCUUCUGAGGAAUACGACGCGUACGAUCAUCAUUGGACUGACCGUACAUACGGAGGAAGAGGUCAUGGAUACAACCGUGGGGGCUACAGCCAGGGCAGGGGAGGCUAUGGGUACGGAAACAACCGUGAAUCAGGACCACGAGGAGGAUACCGCGGAGCACGACAGGGAAAUGGAGGAGCUCGUCAGAAGAGAUGCUAUAUCUGCGGGAAACCAGGAUGUUGGUCCAAGUAUCACACCGGACACGAACGGAAACGAUCUCUCGACAACUUCCCCGAGCCGCACUUCUUUGCGACGGGCGAGUCAGCCACACCGCCGGACUUUCAAUUGUUCCUGAGCGAAUUUGAAGGCUCAGAGGAAAAGGGAGGCCCCGACGACGAUGAUUCGCAUGGCCCAGAACAGAUGCUCGCGACCAUGGCCAUUGAUGACGAGCACGAGGGGUUCAUGACGGAAAUUGGAGAAGUCGACGGAACAAAGACGAUAUCUAUCCUGAAUAACCAGUCGACAUACCAUUUCCUCACCAAGGAUGAUAUUUUCCAACAACAGCCCGACGGACAAACUACGGAAGUGUUCACACUCGACAAUCGGUACUCGUCUGACAAUUUUCAAGGCAUCAUGCCAGACACUGGAGCCGCCGGAUGUUCAUCCGCUGGUGAACCUCAGUUCAAAGCACUGUGCAGACUGGACCCGAGCGUCAAACAACUGGAUACUUCCCGGGCCGGGGAACAUAAGAUCAAUUUUGACGACGGAGACCCCAAACCUUCCUUAGGGACUGCCGAUGUCGACACAUCGAUCGGCACAAUCUCGUUCCAUGUCCUCCCACGAACACACCAUUCCUCUGCUGCUUCAAGGAUAUGGAUGCUAUGGGAGUGGAACUCCGGAGCAAAAAGAAUGUGCUCGAACGAGGGGACAAGAGAGUUCCCGUUAUACGGAAGUGGGGACGCCCGUGGAUGUGAUGAAUUUCUCCAAGGCUCUGUUCGGAUCUGCCUUGGUCAUCACAUCCACGGGCGUCCCCACUUCCGUAUAACGGGAACUCUCUUGUCCCCUCGUUCGAGCACAUUCUUUUUGCUCCGGAGUUCCACUCCCAUAGCAUCCAUAUCCUUGAAGCAGCAGAGGAAUGGUGUGUUCGUGGGAGGACAUGGAACGAGAUUGUGCCGAUCGGGGUGUCGACAUCGGCAGUCACGAGCCAACUAG